AAAGAAGAAGAGUUAAUUUUUUUAUUGCAGAGAAAAAGUCAAAUUUAUAAAUUCAAAAUUCGUUAAUUUUCGAAAUGUUUACUAAAUAAUGGCGAAUUUUAAUUUUUAUAAACAAACUUUAACAGCUACUUUAUCUCUCAUUUCGAAAGAUCGUUUUAAGGUCGACGUUAGUGGCUUUGAUCAAGAAAUUAUCGAUAUAUUUAAAACGAUUCCCUCGAAAUUUUAUGAACCUAAAACGCGUUUGUGGAACUUUUUAAUAAGCGAUUAUGAUUUAUUGUUAUUCAAACUACAAAAUUUAAAAGACAAAUUAAUAGUAGAAGGUAUACCAAAAUUUGCUCUUAAUUGUGUUAAAAUGAAAGAACACGAAAUCGAAAUUGAUUUUAAAAGGCUGGAUCCUACAUUAAAUGCCACGCUAAUGCCGUUCCAGAUUGAAGGAUUGAGAUUUGGGAUUGAUAAGAACGGUAGAUGUUUAAUAGCAGAUGAUAUGGGUCUAGGUAAAACCUUUCAAGCAUUAGCUAUUAGUAACUACUAUAGUGAAGACUGGCCACUUUUGAUAGUCACUACAUCUACUAUGAAGACGCAAUGGGAAGAAACAAUUGCAAAUUAUUUACCAUCUGUAUCAAUUUUACAAGUCCAGUACAUCGUAUCCGGUAAAGAUUACAUAGGGGACGCAAAAAUCUUGAUAGUAUCCCACGAUAUGAUGUCUCGAUGUUUGUCAAAAUUAUUAGAAAGAAAAUUUGGUGUAAUAAUAAUCGACGAAUCCCAUAUCCUCAAAGGCUACAAAUCUAAAUGUUACCAAUCCGCUUUUAAGCUGGCUUGUACAGCAAAACGGAUUAUUUUACUUAGUGGAACUCCAGCCCUAUCCAGACCAAGCGAACUGUAUACACAAUUAAAUUUAAUAGACAAAUCUUUCUUUGGGAAUUUUUUUAUUUAUAGUAAAAGAUAUUGCGAUGGAAAAACGACUAAAUUUGGUUGGGAUCAUUCAGGUAACUCGAAUCUUCAAGAACUAGAAGUUAUUUUAGCUAAAAAAUUCAUGAUACGUAGGACUAAAGAUCAAGUUUUAUCAGCAAUACCAAAUAAAAAACAAGAAAUCGUCGAUUUGGAUACAAAAAUAUCGAAACUUCCCGAAGAACAUAGGAAAUGUCUUAUGGAUUUAGAAGAGAAAUAUAUCAAUCAAAAGGGGGCUGGAAAACACGCUUUACUAUUAACUUUCUUUUCAGAAACAGCUAAAAUCAAAAUACCGGCUGUAUGUUCUUAUAUUUUGAAUAUGUUGGAACGAAAAGAGAAAUUCUUGAUUUUCGCUCACCAUCAAGUUAUGUUGAACGCAAUAGAAGACGUAGCCAAAAAGAAAUAUGUUAAAUACAUCAGAAUAGACGGAAAUACCACAAAUGAUCAACGAAAAUACUACAUUUCAAAAUUUCAAUUAGAUAACAAUUACAUAUGCGCGAUAUUAUCUAUUACAGCCGCCAAUGCUGGUAUCACAUUGACCGCUGCUAAAUUUGUGAUUUUUGCGGAGCUCCAUUGGAAUCCUAGUAUCAUAAGUCAGGCUGAAUCCCGUGCUCACCGUAUAGGCCAAGGACAGGAAGUGAUAGUUCGAUAUCUUCUAGCUCGAGGAACAGCCGAUGAUUCAAUUUGGCCUCUUCUACAGGAGAAACAAAGAACUUUGAAUGCUGUAGGAUUGUGUCCGGAUUCGUUUAAAGAAGUAACGGUUUCAAAACAAAAAGUUAGUGAUAGUUUGAAUAGUGCUGUGGGUUCAAGUGAUAGUGAUAUUAGGAAUUAUUUUACCCCUGAAAAAAAGAGGAAAAUCGAUCGGUUAGAUGAUAUUUUUGAUGACGGUUUCGAUGAUAUGCUCAGUAGGAGUACAAGGGAAGCCGAGGAUAUGUUGAAUGAUGGAUUAGAUGACAUUUUCUGUGAUGUUGAUUUUUAGGUACAGUACUUUAUAUAUUUUCAUUGAACGAAUAUUGAUUUUGUGAUUUUAAAUAACACUAUAAGAAAAAAAAUACUUCUUCGGAUGAUAUAUACAAUUACAGGAAUAGAAAUGAAAAAUCAAAAUCACAAAUAACUUUUUUAUUAAUUUAUAUACACUUUGGUUGCAUAUAUUUGUUCAAAAAACUUGAUUAAAUAGAGCUACAAAAGUUUUUACUAAAAA